AUGACCUUCCGGCAUAAACGCCAGCCCGCCGCGGCCGGGGAAGCCGAGUCCCAGUCCGUCCACUCGUCCCCGGACACGUCGUCUUCUUCCUCGUCCUCCCGGCGCCUCUCCCUCUCCCGCACGCUCUCCACGCUGCGCUUUAGGCCGGCCGACCCCAACGCGCCCCCCGCCGCCAAACCGCCCGGCCGCGGCAUCGGCGCCCACAUCCACAAGAUCACCACCGCCGCCGGGGUUCCCUUCAACAGGGCCGCCAACCUCAUCGGCGCCGAGGGGUGGUUCCCGCAGACCAUGCCCCGCGAGUGUGCCAAGGCCGCCCGGAUCCUCCAGUCCUUCACCGACGAGUCCCUCGGCGGCGACCCCGCGGACCCGGCCGCCACCUCCUUGGGCGGCGACGAGCCCUUCCACCCCUUCGGCGUCACCCGCCGCGCCCUCGUCGCCAUCCCCCACCAGGUCCUCGCCCACUGCGCCGGCCUCGCCAUCUUCAACACCCUCCGCGCGGGCGCCUACAUGGGCUCCCUCGCCGCCGGCUCCGGCCUCGUCGUCGCCCGGCGCCCGGACGGCACCUGGUCCCCGCCCUCGACCUUUGUCGUCUCCACGCUCGGCGCCGGCCUCAUGUUCGGCCUCGAUAUCUACGAGUGCGUCCUCGUCCUAGUGAAGCAGCAUGGACUACUUCCACAGAUCAAAAUCAUUACCCGCGUCCAGGCGCAGAGUCCUCGGUCGCCAAUCGGCCCCGUCGGCACGGGCGCCGCCGUCGAGGCCGCCGCGUCGAGGACCUCGCGGCCCAUGUACAGCUACAUGAAGUCCCGCGGCCUCUGGGCCGGCGUGCAGGUCGACGGCACCAUCAUCCUCGCGCGCCACGACUGCAACGCCGUCGCGUACGGCGACCGCCGCAUCUCAGCGCGCAAGAUCCUGCAGACCCAGGCCGAGUGGCCCGAGGGGUCGCUGCCGCUGUGGCAGGCGCUGGUCGCGCUCGAGGGGCGCUACGCCAUGGACCCGGACAUCGCGAGGGAGCUGGCCUUGAUGGGGCCGCCCGGGAACCUGACCCCGCCGCCGCCGGAGGAGGACGAGGAGGAGGAGGCUGCGCCGGCGUACACACCUCGUGUCGCCCCGCCGUUCCGGUCGAAUUACGGCGGCGAGGAGGGCGUCACGAACGGGAGCAAGAAUGGCGGGAUGCCUGUUGUGGAAGCCAAGGAGAGGCUUCGCCGGACGAGCUGA